AUGGGUCAGUCUAGUCUGAAACUGGAAACCAUACCGUUAAACGAUUGCCAUUUUAGUGAUGCGGCGCCGGUGGGCAGCGUCAUUCCCACGGAAAGCGAGGUUUACGAUGCUGUUGCACAGCUUUGGAGACAAGAGCCGGAACUAGAGCGCGCGGGGUGGGAAGAGUGGCGAGCACGUUUGAAAGCCAUACAUCCAGGAUGGAGUUUAUCUGUGGCACACAUAUGCCGCACGCUUGAGAAGCACUGCAUGAGCAUCACGGGGAUAACGCAGUUUACAUACCACGAGCUUGUCACGUCCAAAGAGAGCCCUGCGCUCCGCGAGCCUCACCUGGCCAAGGUGCAGGUGACCUGGAGCGAGAAGGGGAAGGGGCUGGUUGCGCGGCGGCCGCUUGCGAAGGGCGAGCUGGUCUUUGCAGAGGACGCACUGAGCUUCAUCCCGCCGCUAGAGAAGUCCACAUUGGUGCAUCUGUCGAAGGCUUGUGGCAGCUGCGGCACAUCGCUCAGCCAGAACCGGUAUUACUAUGUGAUGAACAACCUAGACUGCGACAACUGCACGACCAUCUGGUGUACCAAGGGCUGCAGGAACUUGGACACGACACACGACUUCUUGAAGCAUCCGAUGUCGCGGAACAAGCGCUGCAGCGCGCAGAAAUGGCUGAAGUUCGAGCAAUUCUGCAAGGAGAAUACAUGGCACAGCGCAUACUCGGUCGGCGUGAUGUUUGCGCGGUACUAUCUACACAGCGACCGCAGAUUGCAGGGAAACUUUGAAUCUUUGGCCGAGGUGAGCCAGCGCGUACGCCUACACGCUGCCGACACGAUGAACAGUGGGGCGGCCUUCGACCUAGGGGUCGACUUGACAGCUAACGCACAGUCCGUAUGUAUGUGGGAGGAGGGCUACGGUCUUUUCUGCGACGCAUUCCCGCUGGCCAAAGAUGAGUACGACCUCGACUUUGAAAAGUUCCUUCGCUACGUCGGGAAGUUCAACCUAAACCAGGUAAACGGCCAAAUAUAUAUGUUGUUGAGUCAUCUCAAUCAUAGCUGCGAACCCAAUAUCUACUACGAGUUGGAGGGACACCACAUCAAUGUUUACGCACGAAAAGAGAUAAAGUCCGACGAGGAGCUUACGGUAUCCUACGUAAACCCUUUGCACGACGUCGACCUACGAAGAAGGGAGCUUCGGGUAAAUUGGGGUUUCCUGUGCUUGUGUGACCGAUGUAAGCGGGAAAUUUCCAAAAAGAACAUUGACAAGGCCGGGCAUUCGUCCACCACUGCUGGUCCGGAACCACAGUCAUAUCGGGGCCAUAGGCGGAAAUCCUCGUUGAGAGCGUCCAAACCCACGUUACAGGAUCUUCUGGAGAACGGAAAAGAGUUUGACAUUGAGAUCCCCUCGCAGCCGGGCUUCGCAGCAAGACGAGCUUCUGUGCGAUUUGACAGCAAGGUGGUUACCGCGGUGGAAGAACGGCAAUAA